CCCGCCCCACAGCGCGGCCGCUGCGGCCGCUGAGGCUGGCGGCUCCGCCCCGUGGCUGCGCUUGUCUAUAAAGUUGUUGUUGAGGUGGCACGGCGCUAAGAUGGCGGCGGCGGCGGCGGCGGCCGUGGCGGGGGUGGGGCGCGGCGGCGGUGGCACGGAGCCCCGGCAGGAGCGGAACCGGGCCCGGGGCUGGGCCGGCGUCGAACGCAGCGAAGGCCGGAGCAGGAUGGAACCAGGUGAGGAGCUGGAAGAGGAGGACUCUCCAGGUGGCCGUGAGGAUGGCUUCACUGCUGAGCACCUGGCUGCAGAGGCUAUGGCAGCUGAUAUGGACCCCUGGCUAGUGUUUGAUGCCCACACGACACCUGCCACUGAGCUGGAUGCCUGGCUGGCCAAGUACCCACCAUCCCAAGUUACCCGCUAUGGGGACCCCGGUUCACCCAACUCAGAGCCUGUGGGCUGGAUUGCAGUGUAUGGGCAGGGCUACAGCCCCAACUCCGGGGAUGUGCAGGGCCUGCAGGCAGCCUGGGAAGCUCUGCAGACCAGUGGGCGGCCCAUCACACCGGGCACCCUGCGCCAGCUCGCCAUCACCCACCACGUGCUCUCAGGCAAGUGGCUUAUGCAUCUGGCACCAGGCUUUAAGCUGGACCAUGCCUGGGCUGGCAUUGCCCGGGCUGUGGUUGAAGGCCGGCUUCAGGUGGCCAAGGUGAGCCCACGGGCCAAGGAGGGUGGGCGCCAGGUCAUCUGUGUUUACACGGACGACUUCACGGACCGCUUGGGUGUACUGGAGGCGGAUUCAGCCAUCCGUGCAGCAGGUAUUAAGUGCCUGCUCACCUACAAGCCUGAUGUCUACACCUACCUGGGCAUCUACCGGGCCAACCGCUGGCACCUCUGCCCCACUCUCUAUGAGAGUCGUUUCCAGCUUGGGGGCAGUGCCCGUGGCUCCCGAGUGCUUGACCGUGCCAACAACGUGGAACUGACCUAGAGGGGCCAAACUGGGGAGACUGCCCUCUCCCCACUCCAUGCUGGGGAUGGAUCCUCCUGUCUUCCUCCUUGUCCCAUGAAGGACAAGCCCCCCAACUCUGGGGACUACUAGGUCACUUGGGAACUACCUGCAUCUUCAGUCCCCUUGAACUUCUGCCCUCUGUUCAGGGCUGAUGCAAGCCCCACAGGCUGGGGGAAUCCGGUUGUCUGAGGGAUGAGCCUUCAGCCUCCCUUUGUAAUGCUGCUCCUCUCCACUGCCCAGGACCGUGGGUUGGGUGCAGACACCUAAGAGGAGAGACUUCCUUGGGACGCUCAUCCCCUGCUAUACCUCCCCUUCCUCCUGCAUCUCCCCUUCUUUCCUUCCCCCUCACAAGGGAGAAAACUUAGUACUUCCAGCCCCUCUCCUUGGAGCCUUCAUGGUCUAGGGGUAGGAGCCCCACUGGCCUGAGCAUGCCAUUUUGGGGGGAGGGUGGUUGUGCCUACUUGUCCUUUGGCAGAGGGGAUGCCAGGACCAUGGACAUGAGGCCUGCGCAUCCCUGCCAGCUCACACAGCCUGUCCCACCAUCCCCCCUUCCUUGGCUACUUUGACAUGUGCCUGCUCCUGGCAUUUCAAUAAAACCCGGCUUGGGUCUGUGUCUUGAGUGGUUUUAAAA